ACAGUGAAGUUUAUGUAUAAAAAAGACAAUGUACGUGUGAAUCUAAUAACAGUGUGAUUAUCUAUUUUGCUCAUCAUAACUUGAAUAUCAGCUCUGCAAAAGAGAAAAAUGGCACAAAUGGAACAACAACUACCACUUCAAAUGCCAGACUUAAGUAGUCUUCGUAUAACUACAGCUGUUUCCAUGCUCGGCAAAGCAUAUGGAUGUGGACAAUGUAAUGCUCCCCAACCUGGACCCACAACAAGUUCUUCUGUUGGAACACCUGGAGCAACUGGGAGCAGUACUGUGGCUUCCAGUUCUCUAGGGCUUGUUUCGACACAACAAACACACACUCCACCUCAACCUCCUGAACUGCCAAUGUUUUCAUGUCCACGGAGACCAAAUAUAGGACGUGAAGGCAGGCAAAUUGUUUUAAGAGCUAAUCACUUCCAAAUUGCAAUGCCACGUGGUUUUGUGCAUCAUUAUGAUAUUAAUAUUCAACCUGAUAAAUGUCCUCGUAAAGUUAAUAGGGAAAUAAUAGAAACAAUGGUUCAUGCAUAUGGUAAAAUAUUUGGAACUCUUAAGCCUGUAUUUGAUGGCAGAAGUAAUUUGUAUACAAGGGACCCCUUGCCUGUUGGUGCUGACAAAAUAGAAUUAGAGGUAACACUGCCUGGUGAGGGUAAAGACAGAGUUUUUAGAGUGGUAAUUAAGUGGGUGGCACAAGUUUCAUUGUUUGCUUUGGAAGAAGCUUUAGAAGGACGUACAAGACAAAUUCCAUAUGAUGCUAUAAUUGCUUUAGAUGUUGUAAUGAGGCAUUUACCAUCUAUGACAUAUACUCCAGUAGGUAGAUCAUUCUUUAGUACACCAGAUGGAUACUAUCAUCCAUUAGGUGGUGGCAGAGAAGUUUGGUUUGGUUUUCAUCAGUCAGUUAGGCCAUCGCAAUGGAAAAUGAUGCUAAAUAUUGAUGUAUCUGCAACUGCAUUUUACAAGGCACAACCUGUCAUAGAAUUUAUGUGUGAAGUAUUAGACAUUCGUGAUAUAGGUGACCAAAAGAGACCUUUGACAGAUUCUCAACGAGUUAAAUUUACCAAAGAAAUUAAAGGACUUAAGAUUGAAAUUACUCACUGUGGAACUAUGAGACGAAAAUACAGAGUGUGUAAUGUUACACGUAAACCUGCCCAAAUGCAAUCAUUCCCAUUACAAUUAGAAAAUGGACAAACAGUUGAGUGCACAGUUGCAAAAUAUUUCUUAGACAAAUAUAAAAUGAAAUUACGUCAUCCAUAUCUUCCAUGUCUUCAAGUUGGACAAGAACAUAAACAUACUUAUUUACCACUUGAGGUUUGUUGA